CUCCAGACAAAAAUUGAUGAAUUCACUUCUGUCACAAGCCUUAACAUUUCGUGCAAUCAGAUUUCUGGUCUUCCGUUACAAUUCUUCAACCUGACCAAUCUUACAGUGCUCAAGUCUCAUCAAAACCAACUCAAAAAUCUCUUGCCUGAAAUAUACAAGCUCAGGCAGUUGGAGAUUCUUUGGCUUCAUCAGAACAAGUUGCGCUCUCUCCCUUCAACUAUCGGUCAGCUUGAUCGUGUUCGACAAAUGACUCUAGAAGAUAAUAUGUUGGAGGCACUGCCAACCCACUUCAUUUUCUUGACUUCUUUGAAAGAAAUCCGACUGCAGAAUAAUCCUUAUCUAUCCCCUCCCAAAGACAUUGCCAAGUUGUCAUCCCUCCGCAGGCUCGACCUCUCAGUGAACAAUCUUGAGUUUGUGCCAGCAACGAUGGGUAGGCUUAUCGAUCUAUCAAGUUUGAACCUCAGACAGAACAACAUCCAAAGCCUCCCUGACACUUUCUCGGACCUGAUGAACUUGCGAAUUUUAGUCCUGACGUACAAUCAGAUAUCUCAGCUUCCUCAAUCAUUUUCAAAAGUCUCGUCGCUUUGGGAGCUUGAACUCUCGUAUAACAAUCUCAGAGACGUCUCAGAUUCAUUUCGAUCCAUGGCGAGGCUCAAGAGAAUUAAUUUGAACUCGAAUCGCUUACUAACCAUUCCUAAGACAUUGUCACUGUGCCUCGAACUUGAAACUCUGACUGCAACUUCAAACCAACUGAAGAUCAUCCCCUCAAACUUGUUGAAAUUUCCUGCCAUGAAGGAAAUCAACUUGAGCCAGAACUUAUUAGAAACGGUGCCUCCUUCUAUUCAAGCCAUGGUUUCCUUGAGAGUCUUGAAUUUGGAGAGCAACAACCUCAAGGUCUUCGAUGAGAAGAUCUGCUUUCUGAACAUGCUUGAAAGUGUAAAUCUGUCUAGAAACUUUAUACGUUGCAUCCCCUCAGAAGUUCAAAGUUUGACCAACUUGACCAUGCUUGACAUAUCUCAGAACCAUCUCUCUGCAAUCGCGCCUGAAAUCAGAUUCUUAACAAGGCUUCGACAUCUACUGCUUGCAGACAAUUCGCUGAAGUUUUUCCCGCCGUUUCCCCCCUGUUUUUCACCUGUUCUUGGACUCAUGGAGAAUCUGCGAGAGCUUGACCUUGGACGCAACCAGCUGUCAGCGCUGCCGUUGGACCUGUCGAGAUGCUCCAACCUGCAGUCGAUCAAGUUGCAGUCGAAC